AUGAAGGGCAUUUCAACUGCUCUGGCUGCGGCCAUCCUGAUGGGUAAUUCCAACGCCGCAAUCGAGCUGGAUCGUCGCCAGGUAGACCCUCAUACCUGCGCUUGCGGGGUUGGAGGAGGUCAACCGACCGUCACCGUGACCCAGACUGUCUCUGCUCCGCCCGCCCCGCCCGCCCCGCCUGUGUACAAGACCACGCCUACCGGUGAACACCCAUCGCUCACGUCAGCCAACUCGCCUACCUACAUGACUUCGGUAGUCACAAUCACCGUUACGAACAAUGUCGGACAGCCAUCGGUCGUCACAACGAGCAAAGCUGUGCCCGUCAACACUCCCGUUACUCAUCCUGUUCAGAGCAACACAGAAGUCUCCCCCACCAUGACUUCCGCUCCUCCACCUCAAAUGAGUGUAACUAAAAUCACCUCUGUCUACGAAACGACAUGCCUAGAGGAGUUGACGAUGACCUCUGCGGGUGUUACAUACACGACUCCGGGAACCCGCCUCAUCACGUCUACCAGAACCUCAACCAUUCUAUCUACCGUGACUGUUUCUCGACCAUUUCAGGGCGUGAACACAGUCUCGACCCGUCCUCCGAUCGGCACUCCGAGGUACAUGAACAGCUCGCUGAGCUCCCCAGUSGCAAUUACAAGCAGCUACACUCCUAUCAGCAUCUCGGAAGCGCGGAACUCGACGACCAUGUCUACCAAAUCUAAAUCCAAAACUAGUCCAAAGAUGUCUUCUGUCUUUGUCACACCUGUACCCCUGGACUCAGUCAAGCCUACCUUCUCUUACGCUCCUACCACCAGCACUUCACUGGCUAGCCCCCAGAACACCGCUGCGCCUCCUGGCGGUAGUCCAGGAAGCCCACCCGGAUAUGGUGGUGCACCUAAUAAUGCGACUCAUCUGCCAGGUAGCUCACAGAGCUCGCCUGUCAAAGCUACUUCAUCCAUGCCACCGAAGUACAUGGCAACAUCCGCGCCAGGUUCGACGGAAUCAUCGCCUGUCGGGUCAACUGCACCUGGUUCCAAACCUCCAACAUAUAUGCAGCCUCCCAACGGCAACUCUUCUCCGGAAAGCUCAACUGAUAAGUCCCCAAUUGGAUCAUCACCAGGAACUAACCCCAACGGACCCAAUACUAACGGACCCAACCCUAAAGGAUCCAACUCUCAUGGAUCUACGCCCCCUGGCACUGACAGGCAAGUUCUGGUAUCGCCCGUAGCAGCAGCAUCAGGCUCCAUCCCAGGACUAGACAUCUCCGUCGACGCACUUCCAGUUGCCCAGAUUGACGUGUCGACCGGUCCCGGCUUUGUCUCACAGCCAGGUGCCCUAGCUGUUGAGCUUUCGCCAGCCUUCGGCGCUGCACUCUCGACGGUCAUCGGUGCUCUACCAUCUGGCUCGUUGAAGCUUGCAAUCCCCAAAGUCAACGUCGAUGCCGUCAUCGCAGGUCUCUUCCUCAACAUGGACGCCUAUCUCAAAGCCAAUGUGCAAGGCGGUGUACAACUCUCAGCACAACUCCCAACCGUCUUCCCAAGUGUCUACAUCGAUGCGAGCGGCACAUCUCAUCCAAUUUCUUACGAAGGUGGAAUGUCGCUUGCCAACAUCCUGGACUGGGCUGCCUACCUUACAGUACAAGUAUACGCCAAUGCCGGUGUCAUCUUGAAUGGUCUUGCAAAAGGCGCCCUUGAAGUCGGUGGCAAUCUUGGACUCAGCGGUGACAUUGACCUCAAUGUUGACCUUGCCGCUGGAUUCGGUACGCCAAUUGGCGCUCAAGCAAAUUUUGAUUUUGGAGCCGGCGUACAAGGCGGUUUGGAAGGCGUGGCUGAUGUCAUCGCCGAUUUGUCCGCUCAGCUCAAAGGCGGUGUCGGUGUUAAUGGAAAUGUGGGAGCAGGUGUGAAUGGUGCUGGAGGUGUCAAUGCUGGAGGACGUGCUGGAGUCAAUGGUGGUGCAAACGUAAACGGUAAUGGAGCGCUCGGAGCUGGAGUCAACGGCGGCGUAGGAGCUCAAGGUGGCAUGGGAGCCCAGGGCGGCGUAGGCGCUCAGGGCGGCGCAAACGUAGGAGCCCAAGGCGGCGUAGGUGCUCAGGGCGGCGCGAACGUAGGAGCUCAAGGCGGCGUAGGCGCUCAGGGCGGCGCGAACGUAGGAGCUCAAGGUGGCGUAGGAGCCCAAGGCGGCGCGAAUGUAGGAGGUAACGCUGGAGCUGGAGCUGGAGCCGGCCUAGGAGUCAACGGCGACGCAGCAGCACGAGGAAACGUCAAUGGUAACCUAGGGGCCCAAGGAAACGUCGGCGGCAACGUAGGGGCUCAAGGAAACGCAGCAGCUCAAGGAAACGUCAACGGUAACCUCGGAGCCCAAGGAAACGGAGGAGCUCAAGGAAACGUAGGAGCUCAAGGAAACGUAGGAGCACAAGGAAGCGCCAACGGCGAUGCCCGUCUAGGAGCGAAUGGCCAUCUCGGAGUCAAUGGCGGAGCAGCAGCCAACGGAAACCUUAAUGGAAAAGCAUCUGCUCAAGGCAGCGCCAAUGGUGGAAUCCGUCGUGGAAUUUCCAGACGCUCUCACUCGCACGCCUUGCGCGUUUAG